CACACGGUUCUUAGGAUCCAGAUGUAGGCCUGGGCAAUCAUGGUUCUUCUACGUCUAAUCGCUUCAAACCAACUCGUGUUCAGAAAGAUUGCGCAGAAACGGGAAUUAUCGUCCUUGGGAGCAAAAUUAAUACAAAUAAAUAAGAGAUUUAUAUCAUAGGCUACCAAGCUCGAUGCAUUUGCAAUUAUCAAUAUUUUCGCAAGCUACAUGUUUACAGGGUAAAACACGGAAACUCUAUAUAUCUGCAUAUUAAUUACCGUUAGAUGUUUCUUGGUCGUUGUCAGUUCAGCAUAUGACACUGGUAAAUAAUUGUUUCACUAAAACGUAGUUAUAUAAUUUUACAUGAAAAUCCCGUGUGCCGAAUGUGCUGCUCGUAAACAGUGUAUUGAUUUACCUUAUGAUCCGUCACAUCAUCGUUGUACAAACGUUACGUCUACCGGUGUCCAUGCAUUGGAUUUUUAACACAAGACAGUUUUCGAGUAGCACCGUUUGGUCCAGCUGGUUUGGAAUCGCGAGGUCAUUGUGGUGUCCUAACAAUCUAACCCGGCGGUUCUACAGGAGAAUGGAGCGAGCAGUGGUGAGAUGUGUUCCUUGGGAAUCCAAGCUAACAAUAUCAUUUACCUUGGACGGCAGUCAGAAGCACAUGCUGCGGGACCAGACGGAAGAACUUGGUAAAGCAUUGGGCAGAAUUGCAAGCAGUAUCAUUAAGGGCCUGGGCAAAGCGCGAAAGUCCAAGAAGAACAAGACGGAGCAGACUGAAGUUGUGGAACCGGUUGUGAGACUGUACUACAAUGGUGACUUCGUAGCUGAGGAUGCACUGAAUGCUGACGCCUGGCAGGACGGGGCAGUGUUGCACGUGGGGGAUAACAAGUACAAAGUUGAGAGGAACCCACCGAGCUUCACCAUCAUGGAACUCCCUGGGUCUGUUUUGGCUGGUUUUCCAGUAUGCCCAAAACUGGCGAUUGAGUUCGGGGAACUGAAGCACUGUAUUUUUAAAUGGUAUCGAGAGAGCGCUCCAAAUUCGGGGAGUGAGGGGCGAGAAGAAUGUUGGGACGAGGCAGGCGGUGAACGUGUGUUUACGCCAUCAAAUUCUGACAUUGGGUUAAAGUUGAAGCUGAAAUGCGUUCCUGGAGAUGGUGCAAAAUGCGGAGUGGCUAAAGAGCUGGUGACUGCUGCAGUUGAAGCUGGACCAGGAACGUGCACCUUUGACAAUCGGCAUAUGUACACCAGCAAAGUCACAGACGACUCAGCUAUCAGAGUUGUAUCCUACAACAUUUUAGCUGAUGUUUAUGCACAAACGGAUUUUUCGAAAACUGUCUUGUAUCCGUACUGUGCUCCUUAUGCACUGGAACUCGACUACAGACAGAACCUAAUAAAGAAAGAGUUAUCAGGCUAUAACGCUGAUAUAGUUUGUCUCCAGGAAGUGGACAAGGGAGUUUUCAAUGACAGCCUGUCACCGGCCCUUGACGCUUUUGACAUGAGUGGUGUCUUCAGGAUCAAAGAGAAACAGCACGAGGGCUUGGCGACCUUUUUCAGGAGGUCCAAAUUUAAAUGGCUAAGCCAACAUGACAUAACGCUGAGGGAUGCGUUGAUGUCAGAUCCGCUUCACAGUGAGCUGUUGGAUAAAAUAUCUGCUAAUCCAACCUUGAAGGAGAAGGUGGUACAAAGAUCCACUACGUUACAGGUGAGUGUGCUUCAGUCUCUGAACGACCCCUCCAAGAAACUUUGUGUUGCCAAUACCCACUUAUACUGGCACCCCAAAGGAGGAAACAUACGCCUGAUCCAGAUGGCCAUCGCCCUGAGGCACCUCAGCCGGGUGACGUCAGAGGAGCACCCAGGGGUCCCGCUGCUCUUUGCGGGCGACUUCAACAGCACGCCCUCGUCAGGGCUCUUCCAGCUGCUCAGCCAGGGGUCGGUGCCCGAGAAUCAGGGGGACUGGGCGUCGGGCGGGCCGGAGGAGCUGUGCCCCCUGGCACUGACGUGCCCCUUCCAGCUGAGCAGCGCCUGCGGGGAGCCCGCCUACACCAACUACGUGGGCGGCUUCUACGGCUGCCUGGACUACGUGCUGGUGGAGCCCCGUGCCCUGCAGGUAGAGCAGGCCAUCCCCAUGCCCAGCCACCAGGAGGUCACCACCCACCAGGCCCUGCCCAGCGUCGCCCACCCCUCCGACCACAUCGCCCUCGUCUGCGACCUCCGCUGGAACUGAAACGGCUGGCACCGCCGCCGCUCCGGCAGGUGCACCGGCCAGAUUUGGCACAGCGGUAAAUUAAAAAUUAAUUAAAGGUUAUUGCAGAUAAAAAAUUUGCUGACGUAUUAUGAAUGAAACACAUGAUUUUAAUAACACUAAUGACAAGUCUUCUUAAAAUGUCUCACUGUAAGUGUGCUGAUAUAGAAUCAGUUUAGCCUCUUCAUUUGCAGUGGAUAAGGUCAGUACAAGGACGGGGAAGUCUGAUCCCAAAUCCACACUCUUUUUCUGAGACGCUUUUUGAAAACGGGCUCAGGUCUGAUGUGUCUGCUCAUAGCCUGUUAACACCAAGGGGGAAUUGGCUGUGCCAGUCUGAUGUCUGUUUGGUAGCAUGUGCUCAUUCAGUUUCACUCUGAAAUACAGCCUGUGUGCAACAAACAUCCUGUCUGCAUUUUAUAUCCCGUAUUGCAACUAAUAAAUUAAAUUGGAAUUAAA